AUGUUUAUCACGUCUGUCUCAACACUUGGCAGACAGAAGCCCACACAUUUCCACAGGAGGUAUGGCCCACACAGUACAACAUCUUAAUGGGGGCAGACAUCUUGCUCGCAAGUUCGUGCUGGGGAGGUCGCUGCGCACAUCAAGCAAGAGGAAGACCACUCAGCUGAAGCAACUGCUCACCUCGCCAGAACUCACCUUCCUUAUGGAGGCACAUUCUGGCCUGAGCGCUCGCAUUGUGCAGGAAGCAGGGUUUGCGGGCAUAUGGGGCAGUGGGCUUUCCAUCUCAGCCCAGCUGGGCAUAAGAGACAGCAAUGAAGCUUCGUGGACUCAGAUCCUGGAGGUAGCCGAGUUUAUGGCUGACGCUACAGACAUCCCAGUCCUACUGGAUGCAGACACAGGAUAUGGAAAUUUCAACAAUGCACGAAGACUGGUGCAUAAGUUAGAAGACCGUGGCAUAGCAGGCUGCUGCAUUGAAGACAAAUGCUUCCCAAAGACAAAUUCAUUACUAGAUGGACGGCAACAGCCAUUGGCAGACACUGAGGAAUUUGCACUUAAAAUUAAGGCUUGCAAGGACCAUCAACAAGAUCCAGACUUCUGCGUGGUGGCUAGAACUGAAGCCUUCAUUGCUGGCUGGGGGCUGCAAGAAGCUCUAACUAGGGCGGAAGCUUACAGAAAUGCCGGUGCUGAUGCCGUUCUCAUUCACAGCAAGAAAUCUGACCCAUCUGAUAUUGAAGCGUUCAUGUCUCAAUGGGGAAACAAGUGUCCAGUUGUGAUUGUUCCCACCAAGUACUACCUCACUCCAACAGAACGAUUUAAAGAACUUGGCAUCUCAACUGUAAUUUGGGCGAACCAUAACCUCCGAGCAUCCAUCAUCGCAAUGCAGAAUGUCUGUGGUCAGAUCAUGGCACAGCAGUCUUUGGCAAAUAUUGAAAGCAAGGUUGCCAGUGUGACAGAAAUAUUCAGACUGCAACAAGAUCAUGAGCUCAAGGCAGCUGAAAAUUGUUACUUGCCAAAGAAGUAAGCAAAUAAGAGGCAGAAACUGCCCUGAUUGUUAAACUCAGAAACACGUUGCUAAAGCCAGUUCUUUUAAGAUUUGUAUGUACAACUUGACACGAUAAUAUAACAAUAUCCAUACCAGA